CAUGUAAAAGCCAUGCAAUAUCUCUCACUAAAAAAACGAAGUCGAAAAUUGUAAAACUUUUUUAUGCGCAAGAGAAAAUAAAAUAAGCUUUCUUUUAACUCUAAGUUUUUUAUUAUGGUACCAAGAAAAAUCGCUAGACAAGACUGUCUAGCUAUGAUCAACAUGACCUUUAAUAAAAACAACGCAUAUUAAAGGUUACUAUACAUUUUAAAUGAUGCUUGGCCGUCUUCACAAAAUCUAUUUUAAGUUAAAAAAAAAGAACACGGUGUUUUAAAUAAACAAAGCUGUCAAGUACUUAUCAUGUCAACCCAUUUUUCUUCUCUUCUUCUUUCUUUCACUCAACAUGACAGACAGAAAGUCUUCACAGCCAGUCGAAACACUCGUCGACAUGUGUAGUUUAGACGAUCCAAAGAACCAAAUGGUACAUGUUCUUCGAUCAAGGUUUUCUUAUUACAACAACUACACAGACUUGAGUGCAUGCAGCAUGAUUGCCAUUAACCCCUUUAAAAAAUUCGCUCAAAACGAUGCGCAGACCAGUCAAGACUAUGUAGCAUCGUAUAAGAACACAGUGGAUGAAGUCAUGACUAAAAAGCUAAAUCCUCAUGUUUUCGGGCUUACCAAUCGUUCCUUUUUUUGUAUGCGAAGAACAGGGAAGGACCAAGUGAUCAUUCUUAGUGGUGCGUCGGGGAGUGGAAAGACAGAGAUCCGACAUCUAAUUAUUCAACAUUUGAUCCGUCUCAGCAACACUAAAAAACAAUCCAAACUUCACCAAGCAAUUUUGAGUAGUCAAAAGGUCAUAGACGCUUUUGGUCUUGCAAAAACAGCUCAUAAUGAAUCAGGAGCAUCGCGUUACGGAGCCUAUACAGAAAUUCAUUUUAAUGAACGGGGUAGAUUAAUCGGUGCCAAGACAUUGUACUAUUUUCUCGAAAAGUCGCGCGUGGUUGCUACAAGUAACAAGCCAAGCGAAGGCAAUUUUAACAUCUUUUAUUGGCUUUUAUCUGGGACUAGUCCCGAUGAAAAACAGGUGUUACAGUUAAAAGAUAGCCCUAAGGACUACCCUUAUCUUGCCAAAUAUGGGCGCGGAUUACUCGAGACGGAUCAAGAUAAUUACAAAGAACUCCGAGUCCUCAUGCGAGCAGCAGGUAUUCGAAGAGACCAGACAAAUCGCAUCAUUCAGCUCUUGGCUGCUAUUUUGCACUUAGGCACCAUUCAGUUCACGGAAACACUAGGUGUCGGUGCAGAAGAAGCAGUGACGAUCAACAAUCCUGAUACCAUUGCUAUUGUAGCUGAUUUUUUGGGGCUAGAGGUUGAAGUGCUAGCAUCCGUCUUUCAGUUUAAGACAACAAUCAUUGGAAAGGAUGUGACAACGCUUAUUUUGAAUGCAGAACAAGCAGCUGCUCAGCGAGACUUGUUGGCACACGUUCUUUACUCGCUUUUGUUUUCCUGGCUUGUGGAGCGUAUCAAUCAAAAGACAUAUACCGAUCAAUUCAAUACCUUUGUGGGAGUCCUUGACUUUCCAGGCACACAGACGACUGGAUUUGGCGCUGUUGGCUUUGAACAGUUUUGUAUUAAUUAUGCUAAUGAGCGCAUAAAUUGUUUCUUGGCAAACAGUAUUUUUGAAGUUGAUCAGAUAGAGCUACAAACAGGCGGUAUUCAGGUAUCUGAACCAACGGUUAUCAAUACUGCAUGCCUAGAUCUGUUUACAAGACCUAAGAAAGGCUUAUGUGAUGUGAUCAGCAAUUUGACAGAAAAACAAGUGAACGGCAACAUAUCACUGACAGGAACAGUCAUACUGGAUAAAAUUCAAAAAUAUAAUGCCCAGAACCCAGCACUUUCAUUUCGGCAAUCAGACACGGGUGCACGUCAAUUCGUAGUCCAACAUUUUGCCGGCCAAGUCAAUUAUGAUCCUCACGAUUUUCUUAGCAAAAACAUGGAUGAGUCUUUAGGUGACUUUAUUCCGCUAUUUAGGGGCACAGCUGAUACACCUGCUUCCUGGAAUGGUUUUGUACUUGAUUUAUUCUCAGAUGAAAACCUUGCUCUGGAAAACCAGACACUCCAUACUAUGCCAGCUCUUCUCUCAGCCCAACAAUCAGCAAAGCCAGCUCGACAACCUUCUAUGAAACAAAGUAAAAGAAAAACAUUCAAAGAAAGGCAACCAAAUGAAUCCAGCCUAGGAAAAAAGACAGUUUUGUCUCAAAUUGCUUCCUCUCUUGAUGACCUUGUCAAUUCUUUUCAAGAAGCAAAUAUAUGGAAUGUCUUUUGCAUACGACCCAAUGUAACUUCAAGCUCGACACAGUUUGACAGUGCUCUUGUAGAAACUCAAAUCAAAGCUUUGAAUCUUGAGCAAUUUGCAGUAAAACUAAAGCAGUUCUAUAUUGCAUCACUGCCCCAUGCUGAAUUUCUUACAAGAUAUCAACUUUAUCCAUCUGAAUCAACUAUGUCUGAAAAAGAACAAUGCGAAUCAGUGAAACUACAAAACAACUGGUCUGAUUACGAUAUGGCUAUUGGCAUUACAAAGGUAUUUUUGAGUUAUUCGAUAUGGAGUAUGCUUGAAGAGAAAUUACGAGCCUUGGAGAAACAAGAACAAAAGGUCCAAAAAUUAAGAGACAAUCAAGUUGAUAAUUACCUAUCUCUUGAUACAAGAGAUUCGGAUGGCUUUAUACGCACAGGCACACCAUUAGAUCCUUUGCCUUCUUUAGCUGAUUUUUCUCAAGCACAAACAAAGGAGUAUUUUUCUGAAGACGAAAACCCACCCGUCACUGAAUCUUUAUUUAACAGCCAAUAUGCAGAAUCAAAAUUUGAAGUAUCUGAACAUGACAAACAAGAGCCCAAAUCACUCUCCCAAGAGACAGAUACCACAGAAGAAAAAACAAGUUCUAUGACUUCAGGAAGAAGACGAUGGUUGUAUUUUGUAUGGCUAGUUACGUUUUGGAUGCCUGAUUUUUGUCUUAUUAAAUGUGGUCGUAUGAAGCGUAAAGAUGUCCGUAUUGCCUGGCGUGAAAAAGUGACUCUGUGUGGCUUCAUUGUACUCGCAUGUGGCUUUAUUAUCUGGUUCCUUGUGUUCUUUUCUGACCUUAUUUGUCCGAGUCAAAAUGUAUAUACCACCAGCGAGCUCGCUGAACAUAAUUCAGAUACAGAUGGCUAUGUUGCUAUUCGAGGCGAAGUUUUUAAACUAAGUGAUUUUGCAGCACACCAUUAUCCUGGUGUGGUCUCUACGAGUGCUAUACUAGAAUAUGUAGGCACCGAUGUCACUGACUUAUUUCCUAUCCAAGUUUCUGAUCUCUGCAAAGGCGUCUCACCUUAUGUAUCGCUUGAUUAUUCUCAUACCUACUCAGACAAUAACUCACAGUAUCAUGAUUUUCGAUACAAUACAGAUGACUAUCGUAAAAACUGGUAUUAUGAUCAAAUGACCAUGCUUCGCGAAAACUACAAAGUUGGCAAUAUGGGCUAUGAUUCUAAAGGCUUGAAAGAUGAAGCAGAAGGUUCUUAUACCUUGAAUGGUGAAUCCGUUAAUCGCAAUUGGGCUGUGAUUGAUAGUCAUAUCUAUGAUUUGACAACAUAUAUUAUGGGCGGAAGAUAUAUCACUGCACCCUCAAAUAAAACAGCACCUGCUAAUGUAAGCACCGAUUUUUUGGACACUACACUAGUAAGUCUUUUCUGGGAGAACUCGGGUACAGACAUCACUUCCAAGUUCAACAAUCUGUCCCUUACGGAUACUCAAAAAGAGCGUGAACUAGCGUGUUUAAGAAACCUAUAUUAUGUAGGUCUACUUGACAUACGUAACUCGAUCAAAUGUCAAUUUACCACUUACUUUCUAUUGGUCAUUACGGUUUGUUUGUGUGCUGUUGUGUUCUUUAAGUUUGCGGCUGCACUUCGGUUCGGUUCUGGGCAAACGCCUGAAGAAUCUGAGAAACUCGUGAUUUGUCAAAUUACUUGCUAUACUGAAGACGAAGACUCUCUUCGCAAAACAAUUGAUUCCAUUGCUUGUUUGCGGUAUGAUGAUAAACGUAAACUGAUUCUCGUCAUUUGCGAUGGUAUGAUUAUCGGUUCUGGCAAUGACCGACCUACACCUCGUAUUGUGCUUGAUAUUUUCGGUGUGAAUCCUCGUAUUGACCCUGAGCCAGUCUCGUUUGUCUCGGUAGGCGAAGGCAUGAAGCAACAUAACCGAGCCAAACUUUAUUCCGGACUGUAUGAAAUCAGGGGUCAUGUUGUGCCUUACCUUGUUGUGGCUAAAGUAGGUACACCACAGGAACGACAAAAGCCAGGCAAUCGAGGUAAACGCGACUCUCAAUUGGUCUUGAUGCAGUUUCUAAAUAAGGUUCAUUUUGAUGCUCCUAUGAACCCAAUGCAGUUGGAAAUGUAUCAUCAAAUGCGCAACAUUAUUGGUGUGAGCCCCGAGCUUUAUGAUUAUGUUUUGAUGGUGGAUGCAGAUACAGAAGUCAUGCCGAUGGGCAUGAGUCACCUUGUAGCUAGUAUGUCGCAUGAUACCAAAAUCAUUGGUCUUUGUGGUGAAACAACUUUGGCUAACGAAAAAGACUCUUGGGUGACUAUGAUCCAAGUGUAUGAAUACUUUAUUUCGCAUUAUAUGAUCAAAUCGUUUGAAUCCCUUUUCUCGUCUGUGAGCUGUCUACCUGGUUGUUUUACUAUGUAUCGUAUAAGAACCGUUGACAGAAAACGCCCUUUGUUUGUAUCCAAUGAGAUUAUUGAAGAUUAUUCUGUCAAUGUAGUUGAUACAUUGCACAAAAAGAACUUGCUCUACCUUGGUGAAGAUCGGUAUUUAACGACUCUUUUGUUAAAGCAUUUUCCUAACUUCAAGACCAAAUUUAAUCCUGGCGCACAAUGCAAGACGAACGCGCCUGAUACAUGGAGUGUACUUGUAUCUCAACGUCGUCGUUGGAUCAACUCUACUGUCCAUAAUCUAGGUGAAUUAGUCUUCUUGAAUCAACUGUGUGGUUUCUGUUGUUUCUCUAUGCGUUUCAUUGUUAUGCUGGAUUUAUUCAGUACACUUAUUCAACCUGCAUUGCUGGCCUAUUUAGGUGUACUCAUUUGGAAGCUGGCUACUGCUACGAAUGGAAUUCCUUAUAUUACCAUUAUCACACUAGGCUGUACUUAUGGUCUGCAGAUCUUUAUCUUUAUUAUUCACAAAAGAUGGGAGUAUAUUGCCUGGUUCUUUAUCUCUAUUCUGGCUCUGCCUGUAUUUUCGUUCUAUAUCCCUUUAUAUGCUUACUGGCACUUUGAUGAUUUCUCGUGGGGCAAUACGCGUAUAGUGGUAGGAGACAAAGGAAAAAAGACAAUCGUGGGCGAUGAAGAUGAAUUCAAUCCUAAAUCCAUUCCUUUAAUACGGUGGUCUGAGUAUGAGAAGCAAAUGAUGGCCGAAAAUCGUAGUGAUCGACUCUCUCAGGGUACAUAUCCUUCCUCUGUCUAUGGUGCACCUCAUUCUAUCAGUGGCUAUUCGAGAUACACAGCUAGUCCUGUCCAUUCAAUCAUACAUCCACAGUCUGUGGCACAAGACUAUCAUCGUAUGCGAUAUGGUCCUACCAUGUCCAAUGAUGGAGCAAGUGAGACCAUGAGUGCUUCCAUGGUACAAAACUAUCAUUUACAAAACCCAUAUUAUCGUCAAUAAACUAUAUUUUAUUUAAUAU